CUCUCAACGAAGCAGCAACAUUCUACGAAGUGCAGUGACCAGCACUCCACUGCCUAUAGGUUAGGCUACUGAAAACCUGAAAUGACUGCCUUCACAAUCACUCGCACAGUAUUUCUUUUUUGAGAUACCAAGGACAGAACUUUGUAUUUCCCAUGUUCUAUUUUCCCAAUGAUAAGCGAGUGGCGCUGAGUGGAUGCUGUUUGAAACUCCCGGAGGGCGUUUUGUGCACGUUCUUCAGCCCUGGAACUUGGACAACGGAUCAAGGCUAUUCUCUGCGACUACAUUGUGGGCUAUCCAUUGGAAGUACAUCAAGAUACAUGCGAUAGCCUAUAUGCACGUGUUCGUCUUUUGAAGAAUAUGUUUCAUUCGUCAUGGCGUGUUUUCACUUUGUGGUGUGAUACUUUGGGAAGAUGAUAUCCUCAGGUUCGGACUGCACACUUAUGUCAAGAAGAUGCCUGCUGACAUUCAAACCGUUCAGGAUCUUCGUAGCAGGCAUUGGCUUUUUCAGCUUGUGUUUCCUAAUGACGUCUCUAGGGGGCCAGUUCUCGGCCAAGCGUCUGGGGGACUCUCCCUUCACCCUCCGAGCGGAAGUGCUGGGGGGUCUGGAGUCCCGUGGGGUCCUGAAGAAGAUCAGUGACAUGCUGGAGGUGAUCAUGAAGAGGAUCGACAGCCUCUCCAGACUGGGCAACACCAGCGACGCCCACAGACUAGAUGAGCUGAGCUCCGCCCUGGACAGGUUCCAGCCCAUGGGUCUGGUUGAGCGCAUCCAGGCCAUUGCGCAGAACGUCUCGGACAUGGCCGUGAAGGUGGAGCAGAUCCUGCAGAGGAGCCAGGCUGCCAACAAAGUAAGAGAUGGCUUGGUGGGCCAGUGUGACGUCCCUAAGGAUCCUCAUUACCCCGACUGCUCUAGCAAAUUGGAUUGGAUGCGAGCCCGAUGGACCUCUGACCCCUGUUAUAGCUUCUAUGGAGUGGACGGCUCCGAAUGCUCCUUCCUCGUUUACCUGAGUGAGGUGGAGUGGUUCUGUCCCCCACUGGCCUGGAGGAACCAUAGCAGCAUGCCCACUGCUCAUCCAGCGCCAACUGGACAAGCGGCACUGCGCUUGGACCUGGGGCCACUGCUGGAGCAGGUGGGCACUGGCAAGGAGUCUCUGAGCUUCAUGAGGAGACGCAUGCGCAGGCUGGCGGCACAGUGGGCCUCUGCGGCGCGGCGUCUGGACAGCCGUCUGCGCACACGCAGCAGGCAGCAGAAGAGGAUCCUGGUGCACGUGGGCUUCCUGACGGAGGAGUCUGGGGACAUGUUCAGUCCCAAGGUGCUGAAGGGGGGCCCGCUGGGGGAGAUGGUGCAGUGGGCCGACGUCCUCUCGGCGCUGCACGUGCUCGGCCACAGCCUCAAGGUCUCCUUCUCCGUCAAGGACCUGCAGGGUUUUCUUGGGGUUCCUCCCGGGAGAGGCAGCUGUCCACUGACCGGACCGUUCCCCUUUGACCUGGUCUACACCGACUAUCACGGCCUCCAGCAGAUGAAGCAGCUGAUGGGCCUCUCACUCAAGAAAUACAGGUGUCAUAUGCGGGUGAUUGACACAUUUGGCACAGAGCCUGCCUACAGCCAUGAGCAGUAUGCCACGCACCACAACUACAGGUCUAACUGGGGCUACUGGAACCUGAACUGCAGGCAAUACAUGACCAUGUUCCCCCACACGCCGGACAACUCGUUCAUGGGCUUCGUGGCAGAGGAGCUGAACGAGACGGAGCGGGGAAGUAUCCAGAGGAACAAGGUGGCCACUAUGGCCGUGGUGUACGGCAAAGAGGUCAGCAUGUGGAAGCUGCGGGGAAAGGACAACUUCCUGGCCAUCCUGAACCGCUACAUGGAGAUCCACGGCACUGUCUACUACGAGUCACAGCGCCCCCCGGAGGUGCCGGCCUUCGUCAAGAACCACGGCCUGCUGCCCCAGCAUGAGCUCCAGCAGCUCCUGCGCAAAGCCAAGCUCUUCAUUGGCUUUGGCUUCCCUUACGAAGGGCCAGCCCCUCUGGAGGCGAUAGCCAAUGGCUGCAUUUUCCUCCAGCCCAGAUUCCAGCCCCCGCACAGCUCCCUCAACCAUGAGUUCUUCAGAGGCAAGCCCACAUCAAGAGAGGUCUCUUCCCAGCACCCCUAUGCAGAGCAGCACAUCGGGAGGCCCCACGUUGUGACGGUGGACUUCAACAACUCUCAGGAGUUUGAAGCAGCCAUCCAGAAGAUCAUGAGAACCAAGGUGGAGCCUUACCUGCCCUUUGAGUACACCUGUGAGGGAAUGCUGGAGAGAGUUAAUGCCUACAUUGAGCAUCAGGACUUUUGCCACCCUGAUGCCCCGUUUCCCCCUGUGAACGCCUCAAAGUCCUGGCCGGGCAGUCCCCCCAGCCCCUUCAUGCUGCUGCCCAACACGAGCACACUGGUCUGGGCCCCCAACGUCACAGCGCCGCUCUGCUGGCCACCGCUCUCCGCCAUGCUGCUGCUGCUGGCCCCCGAGGGCCUCUCGUGUGUGCGGGCGUGCCAGGAGGAGAGUCUGGUGUGUGAGCCGGCCUUCUUCCCGUAUGUCAACAACCUGGAGGCGUUAAGCGGGCUGCAGGUGCAGUGUGAGGCUCUAGAGGAGGAGGUGAGCCACCUGUUCCCGGCCGUCUCUCUGGAGGAGGGCGAGUGCUUCAUGCAGAAGGAGCCGCUGCUGUACAGCUGCGCGGGGAAAGGGCCCAAGCUGCGCCGCCUCUGCCCCUGCCGGGACUCCAUCCAGGGCCAGGAGGCACUGUGCAGAGACUGCUUAUGAUGGGGGACCCACCGCACCUGCUCACCACCAGAGGAGGGAAGCUGAGAGGCUAGUUCAGAGCCCGCUGCACCAGUAGGCCAUGAGAAGGAGUCAGUUGCGGAACUACAGAGAGGUCCCGCAGAGGUCCUUGGUCGAGGUUGAUUCGAGGG